AUGAAGUCCUCCGUGUUUGCCGCCCUCGUGGGCAGCACCGCCGUGAUGGCUCAGGCCGUCGUGCCGCCUGCCUGCGGUCCCUGCUCGGCCUUUAUCAGUGCCGUGCCCGCUUGUGCCACGGACUGCAUUGUCUCUGCCGCCGUCACCAACGCUGGCUGCGCCGACGCCAACUACCCCUGCCAGUGCUCCAACGCCGCCGUCAUCCAGAACGCCGCCAUUAACUGUGUCAUUGGCGGCUGUGGCCUCGACACUGCUCUCAACGUCCUGCCGGCUGUGAGCUCCGUCUGUGAUUGUGUCACCACCAGUGGCUGUGGCGCCGCCUCGUCCGCGCCGCCCUCGUCUGUCCCUUCGUCGGUGCCUGCCUCGUCCUCGGCUGCUUCGUCGUCUGCUCCUUCGUCGGCCGCUGCCUCGCCUUCGUCGGCUCCCUCGUCGGUGCCCUCGUCUUCGGCCGCCCCUUCUUCGGCGCCUUCGUCUCCGGCCGCUCCCUCUUCGUCGCCCUCUUCUUCAGCGUCGGCUUCCGGCUCCGCAUCUGCCUCCAUCUCGGCCCCUCCUACUCCAGUGUGCUCCAACUGCGAGGCUGAGAUCACCGCUGUCCCUGCCUGUGCAACGGACUGCAUCAAUUCCGCCGCCGUGACCAAUGCCGGUUGCGUUUUCGGCGACUUUGUUUGCCAGUGCGCCUCGGCUAGCGUCAUCCAGAACGCUGCUCUGAACUGCGUGAUUGGUGGCUGCGGCCUCGACACCGCCCUGAAUGUUCUGCCUGCCGUCUCUUCUGUCUGCGACUGCGUGACGACUAGUGGUUGCGGUGGCCCCUCAGCAUCACCCUCGGGCUCGUCGUCGGCCCCGGCUUCCGUCUCUGCCUCCGCUUCGGCUUCUGCUUCGGCUUCGGCUUCUUCGGGCCCGUCGUCUGCUCCCGUUUCGGGCUCUGGUUCCGCCUCGGCGUCGGUCUCGGCUACGCCUGUCUGCACCAACUGCGCCUCGCAGAUCACCGCCGUGCCCGCAUGUGCCACCGACUGCAUCAACUCUGCUGCUGUCACGAACGCAGGCUGCGUUGCUGGUGACUACACCUGCCAGUGCGCCUCAGCUAGCGUCAUCCAGAACGCUGCUCUGAACUGCGUGAUUGGUGGCUGCGGCCUCGACACCGCGCUGAAUGUUCUCCCUGCCGUCAGCUCCGUCUGCGACUGUGUGUCCGCCAGUGGCUGCGGCGGUGCUUCGGCCUCCCACUCGGGCUCGUCGUCACCUUCGUCUGUUCCCGCCUCUGUGUCGGCCUCUGCCUCUGCCUCGGCCAGCGCGUCGGCUUCGGCUUCGGCUUCUGGCUCUCCUAGCGGUCCGUGCACGCCUUGCGCCGCCCAGAUCUCGGCCGUCCCUACCUGCGCCACCGGCUGCAUCAACUCUGCCGCUGUCACGAACGCCGGAUGUGCCGCUGGUGACUACAACUGCCAGUGCGCCAACGCCGCCGACAUCCAGAACGCCGCCGUCAACUGUGUUCUGGGCGACUGUGGCUUCGACGUCGGUCUGCAGGUCCUCAGCUCGGUCAGUGCCGUGUGCAACUGCGUCUCUGCUAGUGGCUGCGGUGGCCCGACUCAGUCUGCCUCUGCGUCCGGCUCUGGCUCGUCGGUCCCGUCGUCGACUCCUGCUUCUGCGUCCGCCUCUGCCUCGGCUUCCGCCUCAGGGUCGUCGGGCUAUACCACAUCGACCAUCUACUCUACCACGACGUCCACGAUCUUGUCGUGCGCGCCCACUGUCACUGACUGCCCUGUCGGCAGCGUGACCACCAUCGUGUACUCGGUCACCACGACCGUCUGCCCGGUCACUGAGACCUCUGCCCCCGCUAGUGGCUCUAGUGGCUCUAGCAACGGUUACACGACCUCGACGAUCUACUCUACCACAACGUCCACGAUUCUGUCGUGCGCGCCCACUGUGACGAACUGCCCUGUCGGCAGUGUGACCACCAUUGUUUACCCGGUCACCACGACCGUCUGCCCCGUGUCUGGGACCACCGCCCCUACGGGUGGCUCGGGCGGUUCUGGUUCGGGCUCUGGCUCCGGCUCGGGUAGCGGCUCUGGUUCCGGCUCGGGCAGCGGCUCUGGUUCCGGCUCCGGUAACGGCUCCGGUUCCGGCUCUGGCUCGGGAAGCGGCUCUGGCUCUGGCUCUGGCAGUGGCUCGGGCAGCGGCUCUGGUUCGGGCAGUGGCUCCAACAACGGUACCACGCCGGCUACUACUUCGUACGCCACCAACCCGACGACCGUUGUCACUGCCGCGGCUAGCCGUGGCUCGCUUGCCCUCAUCAGCGUCUUCUUCGGCACCCUCCUGGCUGCUAUCAUGCUGUAA